AUGCGCUCUCGCGUCGGAGCGAAAGGACCUCUGGAUCUUCGAGGAUCGAGAAGAGAGGCGACGGGUGAAAGAAGUGGCGGAGGCGCGAACGUGGACGUGGCCGCGAUCGCGAACGCGAACGCGAAAGCGAAUGCGGACGACGGUGGGCAGAGAGUGCCACCGAGCCCCGAGUCGGAAAAAUCGGGUUAGUGAAAGAGGACGAACGUCAGAAGAAAAGACUCAGAAUUUUUGAAGCAAAGUACACGGAUCGUAUGUAUUCUACAACUAGCCUAACCAACUCUUGCUUGAUAAUUGAUAGUUGUAGAAAUCUGGAGCAUGGAAGAGACUCGACGAAAGAUUUAACCGCUACACGAGAUUUACAAGACAAUAUCUGAACGGCUCGUCGAUGUAAGCGAUACACGGUGCGAGAAAGAGAAAGACCGGGGAUAAGAAUAGGUGAGAAUGAAUACUGGCUGAGAAUGGAAAUAGGAACGGUGAUAGGUCCGGUGUCGAU